GCACCUUCUCAGGCUGUCUGGUGCUGGGGUGCACGGGCUGUGGGGGCAGAGAGGAAUUCUGGUCUCCCUGGGUGUGGCCAGCCGGGGGCGGGAGCUUGUGGAAGUGUCUCCCAAGACCCGUGGGAGAAGUGCCACCAGGUGCUGGAGGAGGCAGCCUGUUCCCUCCGCCCCUCCCUCCGUGACAGAACAAAAUUAAGGGGCAGAAAGAGAACAGUGUUGUUGGUAAAAAGAAAAAUAAGUUGAAAUGAGGACAGAACGUGUCUAGAAGCCUCUCAAGCCUGUUGGUGGGAGGCCAGACCAAGAUCCCUUCAGACUCCAGGCUUCGAUUGAAUUGACUCAAAUUCAACACAUUUUUCUGGUGCCUCCCACAUGCCCACUGGAGAGUGACUGCCAUGGCAACAAGGACUGGGCUAGCUCGUGCCCCUCUCCCCGAUGCCUGGCGCCGAGAUCUCGGGAUCCUCCUUGGCAUGGCCUUGGGGAACGAGGGUUUGGAGAUGUGGCCCUUGACACAGACCGAGGAGUGUGCGGUUACCGGCUUUCUGCGGGACAAGCUACAGUACAGGAACCGUCUUCAGUACAUGAAACACUACUUCCCCAUCAACUACAGGGUCAGCGUGCCUUAUGAGGGGGUGCUCAGAGUGGCCAACAUCACCAGGCUGAGGGCGCGGGUCAGCCAGCGGGAGCUGCGGUACCUGUGGGUCUGGGUGAGCCUCAGCGCUACGGAGUCGGUGCAGGACGUGCUGCUCGAGGGCCACCCGUCCUGGAAGUACCUGGAGGAGGUCCGCACGCUGCUGCUGGACGUGCAGCAGAGCCUCACGGAUGUGGAGGUCGGCCCCAAGGUGGACGCAACAGUGUCACUCCUGAGUGCCCCGAGGCUAAGCCUGAAGCUGGUGCGACCCAAAGCCCUCCUGGACAACUGCUUCCGGGUCAUGGAACUGUUGUACUGUUCGUGCUGUAAACAAAGUUCUGUCCUAAACUGGCAGGAUUGUGAGGUGCCAAGCCCUCAGCCCCACAGCCCGGAGCCCUCAUCGCAGUGUGCGGCUGCCCAGACCUACCCUCUGUCCCAGCGGCCCCCUACCUCCCUCCCUCGCUUCCCAGGAUCCGAGAUCAGACCCCCGGCUCAGUGAAACUGCUGAGGGCACAGGCAGAGACCUCUUGCCCCGAGAGGCCCGUGUGGUGACUUAUAUGGGAAAGCUCGAGGUGCUUCCACAGUUCGGUUGAACCUGAGACUUCUCUGGGCCGUGGUGUGGAGCCCCCUACCCGCCUUGAGAGGAACCCCCAGGAGAGUGUUUUUCCUUUGAGGGGAUUCUGUGCCUGAGAAGGGCUCAGCUCCCCGCAUUCUGUACCUCACCUGGUCUCCCCUAGGGCAGCGGGGGUCUGGGGGUACCUGAAGGGGUACAGAGGUCUCUCCUCUUCCUGCACCACCUGGGCUGCCUACUGGGCCUGGGGGCGUUGCCGAGUGUCUCCUGUGGCCUGCAGAGGCGAGAACUGUGCCGGGCAGGCGGGCGAGCAUGGGGAGGGAGGGGGCCGGGCCACACACCCCGUCUUGCCACAGUGGAUGCUCUUCCAGUUCCUUAUAUUUUCUAUUAAACACUUGCUUGUUUUGUU